CUCUCAGAGUGACCUUCGGGAGCUCCCAACGUGCAGCAUGUGGAGAGUAGCCUGUGUGAUUGCGUUCUUCGGAGUUUUAGCAGCCUUGCUGCGACCAGCCUCAAGAGAGAGGACCGAUGCUACUCCGAAGAAAGACCCGACCAGCGAGGCAGCAAAGAUAGGCCCCGAAGCGCCAUAUCCCCGCUUGGCGGCUGAAGAUCGACGUCCAGGGGCUCCAAUUUGGACUUCGGUUGAGUUAGCGAAACACAGCGGCCUUGACAGAACUAGGCCUUUACUUCUAGCUAUCGUGGGAGAGGUCUAUGAUGUGGGCCCUGGAGAGAGGCACUAUGGCCCCAACUCCGGCUAUCACGGUAUGGCUGGCAAGGAUGCGAGCAGAUCGUUCACCACAGGGAACUUCAAGGAUGAUGCGGUGCCAGGCUUGCAGGACCUCUCACCAGAGCAAUUGCAAGAUGUUAUCAGUUGGAGGUCCUUUUACCGCAAGCACGAGCAGUAUCGCUUCGUUGGCUUUCUUGACGGCGUCUACUACAACAAGGAGGGGCAUCCGACCAAAGCUCUGAAGAAGUUGGAGGCCAUUGACGAUAAGACACAGAAGCAGCAGAAGGUGCAGCAAGAAUUGCGAAGUCGCUUCAAGGGCUGCAACAGCAGGACAAGCCAGGACAAGCCAGAGUCCGAAAUUUGGUGCGAUGACAGCUAUCACGGGAAAGGAACUCGUCCAGUCUUCCUUUCUGCCAACAUGGUGGAGAUUUCGAAGGAAGAUUCCUGGUGUGCCUGUCUAAGCGACGCGCAGAUGACUACAGCUUUAGAAAAACCGGAUCCAAAGAUUAAGAUCAGGUUAGCAGAGUAUCCUGAAUGUGCUGGGAAGCAGAGAUGCUUUCGGCCAAAGGGAGCGAAGUCCCCGUUGGUUGCGAGAUGAAAA